CCUCCGACAUGGCCGGCGCGCAGGGGGAUGGCGGCAGCGGCGGCAGCGGCGGCAGCGGCGGCAGCGGCGGCAGCGGCGGCAGCGGCGGCAGCGGCGGCAGCGGCGGCAGCGGCGGCAGCGGCGGCAGCGGCGGGGGCAGCAGCGGCGGGCUCCCCUUCCGCCCCUACAUCUGCUCCUUCCCCGGCUGCGACGCCACCUUCAACAAGGCCUGGCGGCUGUCCGCUCACCUCUGCCGGCACACGGGCGAGAGGCCGUAUGUUUGCGAUUAUGAAGGCUGCGGCAAAGGGUUCACGAGGGACUUCCACCUCACCCGACACCUCCUCACACACACCGGGGAAAAGCCGUUCAAGUGCACAGCUGAUGGGUGCAAUGAGAAAUUUGGAACAAAGUCAAACAUGAAGAAGCACGUUGAGCGCAAGCAUCAGAAUCAGCAAAAGCAGUAUGUGUGUGACUUUGAAGGCUGUAACAAAUCUUUCAAGAAGCAUCAACAACUUAAAGUUCAUCAGUGUCACCAUACCAAUGAACCUCCCUUCAAAUGUAAUAAAGAAGGAUGUGGAAAGUGUUUCUCUACUCCAAGUCAGCUGAAGCGACAUGAGAAGAUACACGAAGGCUAUGCAUGCAAGAAGGAAAACUGCUCGUAUAUAGGAAAAACGUGGACAGAGCUUCUGAAACAUAAUAAAGUCAGUCAUGCAGAGCCAAUAGUCUGCAGUGAAUGUAACAAAACUUUUAAACGGAAGGAUUACCUCAAGCAGCAUCAAAAGACACAUGCUGUGGAGAGAGAAGUCUGCCGCUGCCCCAGAGAAGGAUGUGGAAGAACUUACACAAAUUUAUUUAACCUUCAAAGUCAUAUCCUCUCUUUCCACGAGGAGAAAAAAACAUUCUCUUGUGAUUAUCCAGACUGUGGAAAAGUGUUUGCAAUGAAGCAGAGCCUAGCAAGGCAUGCAGUUGUACAUGAUCCUGAAAAGAGAAAGCUGAACUUGAAAGCAAAACGUUCUGGUCCCAAGAGGAGCUUAGCCUCUCAUCUCAGUGGCUACAUUCCUCCUAAAACGCAGCCAGGAAAGGAUGAAGUUGUGAUGCUGUCUUAUCUGAAGACAGCAGAUAAGCUCAUGGAAAAUGGAAUACCAGCUGUUGAAAUUCGGACUCUGUAGCAAAGGUUAACCAGGACAGUGUUCUUCAUGGAAUAACCAUCACAAAGCUCAACAAUAACUUUAGAUACUAAAGUUAAUUUUCUUAAAUUUUAUUUUUUUGAUAAAUACAUAUUGUUUACACUUCUUCAGAAA